AUUGUUUACAACGGUGUGCAUGUGACAAGCGAGGUGAAGUUCAUAAUUAAUUACAUUUCGCAGGAAUAAAUUGCCGCUAAGGUAAAUCAGAACUGAAGAUAAAUAUCAACGAUGAAGAUAAUUAAAGUAUGGAAAUGAAGUAGCCUAAUGUAAGCACAAGACAGUGUCCACAGUCUAACAAUGCCAGUUAAACUAAGGCUGAACAGUGCCCCUGUGGGUGUGAGCCCCUUCCACAGUGCCCCAUCCACCCCCUUCCACAGCCUGGAUGAGACUUCCUGUGGUCCUCUGUGCCAGCAUCCUAUGUGUUGGGCCUCGCAGCGGAGGCUGGAGCGUGGACUCCCCAGGGCUGCAGAGAAGAGGAAAGCCAAGUCAGACAGUGGAGAGGAGGAGAAGGAGGAAGAGGAAGGAGGUCUCCCCACAUUGAAGGUGCGUAACAUCCUAGAUGAGUAUGGGGAUGAUUCUGCGGAGAAGUUUCCUUUCUCUUGGCAAGUCAAGGAACCACAGAGCCGAUCUACAAUGCUGCCUUCACUCAUGAAUAGAGAAAAAAGUUUUCCACAGACUAAAGUUCCGCAAGCAACACCAGCCAGCAGCCAGAGGUCACCAAGCAGACGUGUGCUGCCCCCUAGAGUCAAUCAUGUUGAGGUUCAGGAGAUGUUUGAACCCACUGACCUGUCGGCAGAGUGGCAAGAGACUUUUUUACCAAGACAGCAUUAUGUGUGGGUACCCAACCCCAGCAGUAAAAAGGAGACAAAGAAAAAGCAUCUGGAUCCAAAGGAAGAAGUUCAGAUAAAGGAUCUGAAUAAAGGUCCAGUGCCCCUGUCUGCCAGAGAUGUUACUGAAGACCUACUGCCAAGAGAGAUUGAACUAUUACGAGAGGCCGAGGCAGCAUUGGCAGAGUUUUGGCCAGUUUUGAAGAGAAAAGUGCAGAUGUCUCCUCGAAGCACUAAGUCACCAACUGGAGGUCAGCCAUAUAAACAGCACCUGAUGUCAGGGAUGAAAAAGAAAGGAGAUAUGGAAAUGUUGUUAGAGUUACUGCACCUUCCAACAAAAGUGCUUGAGAAAAUCUUGGAGGAUAAUGAAGACACAAAAAGUCUUUUGUCCAAGGAGAAGAUCAGGGAUCUCUUGCUCACUUUAGUCCCUAGCCUCCCUAAGGACAAGGUGUCCCUCACCCUGGCCAACAGCGAUGUACUACAGCAGAAGAAGUUGAACCUGCGUGACAUCAGGGAGAAGAACAUGAAAAACCCAGAUUUGUUAACAACUAAGCAGGUCUACCUACUGGAUGACUAUGCAGUUCUGGAGAAGAUGAGCUCUGUCAACAACCCAGAGAGUGAGGCUGAUGAAGACCGUAUUGCUAGAAUGUCUGAUUUUGGGUCAGUCCGCGAGAUUCCGUCUGCCAGAGCCGAGUCGCCAAAAUAUAUCAGAAAGCCCUUGCCUUCUGCAACAGGGUCUAAGAGUACCCGCACCCACAAAACUAAGCUUCCAUCAAUCUCCCUGGGUCUACCAGAGCUUCCUAAGGGAACCAUAAAGCCCUUCAUGUACAGCAGGCAAAACUUUGACUUCACACUUGGUCCUCUGCCCACUCCACCUCCCUCAGAGAGCAGUAGUGUUGCAGAGUCCAGAGCACCACCAUCAGAGGGCAGCACCAUCCACGUCACCAUGCCCAGUGUAGACUCUGUCAUGGACAGCUCCCUGGAGGCAGAGGGCAGCUCUAGUCGUGAGGAGUCUGUUACUCCAACAGCCAUGCAACUGCAACAAGAACUUCUGUCAUGUUACAAUAGUUUGGUUCCUCAGUCGGCUCCUUACCCUAAGACACCCCCAACCACGCGCAUGACACUUCGUGCCCAAGUGAGUGGGACCCCACCAGACACCACGACAUCAUCAGAGGAACCAGAGUGGGGUGCAGCUCAAGACAAGGCCACUGCAUCUGCAGAGAGACAAAGAGCUGGAAAAUCAAAUGAACCAGAGCCCCCAGAACAGGGCAAAGAGAGUCCCAUUCCUCCAGGCAGUGCCUCACUAAAAGCAGGGCGCAUGAGCAAACGCAGUGUGAGAUUUGCACCAGAGGUGCCAAGUGCCUCCCGCGAGGGAUCAGCCAAGACACAAUCUACAGUGACUUCAUCUAGAAGGCCUGGUGGACAAUGGGGAAAUAAGUCUCCUAUUUCCAUCACAAUCCCACACCUGCCUAUGGACUAUGGGGAGAGUUCCCUGAACACGUUAAUGGUGACAGGUGCUAGAUCUAUACAGACUGAUAUCUCCAGUGUGCACAGGACUGGUACUCCAGAUUAUAGUGAGGGUCAGUCACCUCCACCAUCCCCUGAACCUUGGCCUCAGGUUAAUGAGGAGGACUAUGAGGGAUCCCCUACGCCACCCCCACCACCUUCCAGCUCAAAGCCUUCAUCCAGUGCAAACACAGAUUCACGAUAUGUGAAUAUUGACAGCAAAUCGGAGAAGUCAAGUUUGUCUUCAAUGAUGAAGCCGCCAGAACAUUUGGUUGACAAAGAUAAAAUGAUGGAGGACUCUCCCGCUCCACCCCCACCGUCUCCUGAAGCUGUUGAUCGUGGAUCAGUAUCACCAAAAACCACCAUUAUGAGGAACAUGUCAGGAAGUUCAGGAAAGGAUGCUCUUUCCAUGACUCCACUUCCUGAAGAAAUGUCUGAUGAUGAAAUGACAAUCUCAGCUAUGCCACCUAGUCAUUUUACGUACGAUCGUGAGACUACGCCCAUACCUUCACCACCGCCCACAGCACCAGGAGAGAAAGAUGGUGAGAUGGCACCACCUGCAGAGGAGAAAAAUGAUACAAUAGCCAAGUCAUCUCCACUUCCUUCCAAGUCACAGACAUCAGAUCCAGAACCACCAGUAGUGCCACACAUGUCACCACAGCCUGAAGAACAGGAGUCAUCACCAGCUGGAACCACUGGAGCCAAUCACACCACUACCUUCCAAACUGUGGACAUUCCAGGGGGUGAGAUCAACCCCACAGCAAAAGAGGAAAGAAACAGUGGUGAGGAGUUUGAAACUGGCAUUGAUGAGAAUCUCAUGGAAAGGUUGGCUGAGCUUGAUAUCAAUCAGUAUGGAGAUGAUGGUGAAGAAUUUAAAGAUGAACUGAUGGAUGAAUUAUCGAAGUUAUCAUAGUAUGUGUAAACUCUAUAGUAAACUCAUAAAGAUAACAAAGUAUAGGGAAGGCAAAGACAUACUGAUACAGCCCAUAUGUUUAACACAUUUUGUAUUCGCAGUGGUUAUUAUUUAGUCCUCAUGAAAUGUGGUAGAACCUUCAUUGCCUACAGUUCUUAAUCAAAAUAUAUGUAGUACACCAUUAACAGACAGAUGUACUGGACUAGUGUAAUCCUGGUUAAGUGCUUUGUAUUUGCUCAAAAUUUGAUGACAAUCUGUGUAUUUUUACUGCAUUUAUCCCUAAUGCAUAGUCAGCAUCAACUUUUGUAUGUCAGUAUAUUUUAUUAUGUUUAGAUAUUACAUGUUUUUCAUUAUAGUACAUUUUUAUAUCAACAUUGCCUGCAAUUUCAAAAUAACAGUGCAUCUUGAUAUUAUAUUUGUUGUAUGUACUUGUCCAUAAAUCAAGUUACAACCAUUUCAUCAUCCCACCAG